CCCCCUCCUCGCCGUCUCUUUCGCCGCCUCCUGCGGAGUCCCGGGCAUCGCCCUGCUGACGCUGGCAGUGAACCCCCUCACUGGCGCCCUGGGAGCCUUCAACAUUUUCUUGUACACGUGUUGUUACACACCCAUGAAGAGAAUGAGCAUCGCCAACACGUGGGUGGGAGCUGUCGUCGGCGCCAUCCCCCCCGUUAUGGGCUGGACCGCGGCUACCGGCAGCCUCGAUGCUGGCGCCUUGCUCUUAGGAGGAAUCCUCUAUUCCUGGCAGUUCCCUCACUUCAACGCCCUGAGCUGGGGCCUGCGGGAAGAUUACUCGCGAGGAGGAUACUGCAUGAUGUCCGUCACCCACCCGGGGCUGUGCAGGCGAGUGGCUCUGCGUCACUGCUUGGCCUUAAUCGGACUCUCCGUGGUGGCUCCUGUUCUCGACGUCACCACGUGGACUUUCCCCAUCAUCUCGCUCCCCAUCAACCUCUACAUCUCCUACCUCGGCUUUCGGUUCUACAAGGACGCAGACCGCAGCAGCUCCAGGAAGCUCUUCUUCUGCAGCCUGUGGCAUUUGCCGAUGCUGCUGCUCGUCAUGUUCACGUGCAAGAAGUCGCUCCGAGACAAGGAAGACAAAGGCGACCUGCUCGGUGAAAGUCAUGGGAGGGCUGUGGGAAACAGAUUGAGUUAA